AGAAAAAAAAUUAAAAUAAAAUAAUAAAAAAAAAAACAAGCAAACAGGUGCAGUGCUCCUCAUAUAAUCUUCCCUUCCUUUUCCCCCAUUCUGGCUUCUCAUCUCUCUACAUUUUUAUAAAAAUUUAUUCUUCCUUCUAAACGCCGAGAGCUUCUUUUUAUUUAUUUAUUUUUAUUUCACAAGUCUCCGUUACUCUGUCUCUCUGCCGCGGCAACCUUCUCCGGCGGUGGAUGGACUUGGCAGAAUUGUUCUGGAGUUUCACCGAUUGAUAAUUAGGUUCAGUUCACACCUUCACUGAAUUUGAUCCGUUUUUUUCCUCCAUUUUUAUGGAUGUUUAUUCAUUUCUGUGCGCAUAGUUGUUUUAUUUGUGUGUUUAUGUGGUUGGAUGUCGUACUGUGUCACUGUUGGUCUGUGUUUUCAAGAAACUGCGGUGGGUGGAGAUAAGAGAAUUGCAUGCAGACUCAAAAUUGAAGCUUUUGUUCGGUGAAUUUGGUGAAUUUUUGCGAUUUGCUUCUUCUUUUUAUGUGUGUCACUGUCACCGUCAGUGCUUCAAUGACUCUGUGGCCUGGAGGAAAGUAUGUGUUUUCCUUCGUUUUUGUGCUUCAGUGGUGGAAAAUUUAUUGAUUUCGAUUUUGUGUUUGCAGGGAAUUCAGUAUUGACAAGUCGCUAGCAGCUGGAUGAUUAGAUUGUAAUUAAGGAUUAGGGUGAGAAACUUUGAGAGAGAAAGCUUCAAACUUUUUUGCUUUCAUAUGAGAUCAUGAUUAUUUUCAUAUUCAUUUCCUUUGUUGUUGAAUUACUGGCUUAUUGUCUGCUUGUUUUAGGUUUUCGGUGUGUCUGUUUCUGUGUUUCUGGAAUGUGUUUUCUGGUAGAAGUGUUUUCAGCAAAUUUCUAAAAGGAAAACUCUGUUUGCAUGAUGCGUUGGUAGCAGUAGACACUUGCAGUUGGGAUGUGAGGGAAGGAAGCGAUAAACAUCAUUUCGUUCUAUGUGGGUUGUUUUCUUCUGCACAAAGCUUCGUUUGAACAAAGAGAGAUUGCAUGAAUAUACCCGUUAAUGUAUGUGUUUGUGUGUGUAUUUCUUGUUUUGUUUUGUUGAAGCAUGAGCAGAAUUGCGAAGAUCAGUGUACAGAUCGAUAAUGAAGAGUUCAGUUGCAGAAAUCCCUUGGUCAGUUAUGGAAAAUUGUAACCAGUAACUUGUGAUUAUGUGGAAAUUAUGUGUUGAAGAAUGACGUAUGCUCAACGUAUAGAUUGUGAAGGAGGGAACUUAAAUUUUUGAAACCCUUUGUAUUGUCUUCUAAUAUGCUACUGUCACGUUUCCUAUGUUGCUUAUUGGCGAAUGAUUAUGGAUUCUUCAGAUUGGAUGAUGUACUGGCAUUUUGUCGCUUUUGCAACCGCGUGAUAUGUAUUGGCAUUUUGUCGCUUUUGCGACCACGUGAUUUAUUUGCUGUACCUGUAAUUGAAUGAUCUGGCUCCAGAAACAACAAGCUUAACCAGCGCCGAUAUUUGUCCCUUAAUAUGUUUUACGUAAUGAAAUGAGUCAGGAGUCUUACGUUACCUAUGACUUUAAACGUGCGGAGGAAACAAUUAUCUUUCAUAGGGCAAGCUUGAUUUUGUCGCCUUGCAAACACAUGUGACGUUCUAGAAAUGACAAACUUAUAAUAGUGACAAGGUUUUUUAGAUGUUAUAUAGUAAGAAGUUUAUUGGAAAGUCGAUAUCCUGUGAUCUUGAUUGGUGCAGAUCUCCUAUUGUAUUAGACGUAUCGAUUAAAUAAUAAUUUAUUUAGUUUAAAGUUUUACUUUUGUGACGUUGCUACUGCCGGGACCUUUUUAUGAUGUUAUUAUUAAUUCCUGCAGAUAUUAAUUUAAGUGAUUCAGCUUCCCAAGGACGUGGCUGAUUCUGGUUGGGCUGUUUUGGUACUUGGCAUUACCGCAAGACUCUUGCAAUAGUGGUGCAAAUUCUUGAUUAGGUAAACAUUUUUUCCUCAUUAAAAUUGCUUUGUCUCGUGUUUAUUGUUUUCUAAAGGUCCUCGGGUGUUAUUGUAAAACAACCUUAGGAUGUUUCUGAAAGCAUCCUAAGGUGAUUUGGCGCUAGCUUUUAAUGUCUGUUUUACUUCUCUCAGAAUACUAGUUAUGCCUUUUGCAUAGUUCCUUUUAUUCAGCAGUCAAGAUGUUUGAGAUAUAUCUCCAAUGGAUUGAAUUUUUUUACACCCAAUUGCUUUUCUUAUGAUGAACAUAGUUAAAAAAGAUGAUGAAAUUGUUGUACUUUUAGCUGAGUUGAAAAGAUUAGAACCUGCCGUGUUAGCUGAAGGCAUUUGUUUUUUCAUGAGAGUUACAUUCUUAAUUGUACGUGGUUAGUGUGAUAAUGGUGACUAAUUGGACGCUCCGCAAGCUGGUCUCCAUGUAAGAGUUACUCUUUUUCCUUUUUCAUUUGUGAGUUUGUGUAAGUUCACAUGUCUGGUCGUGUCACGGCAAUGGAAGAAACAAGGAUUUGCAUUUGCUUGUUUAUUUUUAUUUUAAUGCAGAAAGACUGUCUUUUUAGCGACCUUAAAGAAGCCUUUUUUAGCUUCUGAGGGACGAGGGAAAGCACACAUUUUCUUGUCUGUUAGAAUGUGUUCAAUCUCGUGCUUCUGCCACACAUCCUCCUGAGAUAACACCUGCCAUGCUAAUGCUACCUAAUCCUAUGUUAGAGCCUUCUAAAUCAAUCAUCGUUUCUUGUCAGAAAAGUGAAUGUUUAGCCAAGAAAGUGUUUGCUUGAAGCCUAUCUGAAGGUGGUUCCUUAACAGUUAAUAAAAUCUAGAGGCUGAUGAAUUUCUUUUGAGUGGUCUGUUAUCACAUGUUGAUGCUACUGUGGUAAAAAGACUUUUGAUUCACUUCAUCGUGGUCAGACUAGGAUUUCUACGGGGCUUCUGCUUGCUGGAGGUUGGGACUUCGUUGUUUGCUGUCUUGAGCUAAUUGAGAUCAAGGUUUGUACUUGGUUAAUGUAGCCUGCUUCCACAUUUGUAGUUGUAUAACUAUCCCAUGGUCUGCAUCUGUAUACUCGUCUAAGUGUGUCUGGCUGUCUCUGGUUUGGUAUUCCUGUACUUGUGGAUGUUUACGUUGGAAAAGGUUAUAUUGUAGUGUAGAUAUACACUUGUUCUUUCUUUAGCCAGUAAUGUUCCAAAAAAUUGUAGCUUGAUCUUGGGUUUGAAGGGACUGAUGGGGAGUGUCCGUGGUAUCUUUAAUUUUCCCUCCGAAGUAGAUCCAGCGUACUUUGUCACUCAUUCAUGGCAUUACUUUCAUCAUUUUGUAGCCACAAUUCAAUACAAGAAAUUACCAAAGAAAUGCAACUUAGUAUGAGCUUCAUGGUUAAACUAAUUCAUUUUAUUUCUCUGCUUAUGCCCUUGCUUUGUAAUUGAGGAUUAAGUUUUUAAUUGGAAAAGAAGCAGAAAAUAGGUCUCUUCGUGGAGAGAGGGAGUAAAAAUUUAUGCAUGUAACAGGUGCAUGGUUUACAAUUUCAGUCCCGGACAAUUUUGCGACAUGGUUUUGUUAGAUCGUAUAGCACUAAUCUGUUUUAAGAUGUAAAAAUGUUACAGCAAAAUUCUGACUUUUUUUUUUUUUUUUUUGGUGUAAGCCCAGGCUCGUGUCUGCUCUAUUUAGUUGACCUCCGGCUGUGAUUGACCAUUAAUUUGUGUGUAUAUGAUUCAUUGAAAAGCAAUUCUUUUCAAGUUCAUGGCAUCAAGAUCAUUUUUGAGCUAUUCAGAUCUGACGCUAGGAGAAUUAACAGACGUCCCUCAAACUCCCAGAUCUCUUCCAAGACUAAUGGCUGUCCCUGGAAUACUCUCUGAUAGUUAUGGUGGCAACGAUGGAGAUUCAGACAGCUCAUCUGCUUCUCGUGAGAGAAAAAUCAUAGUAAUGAAUAUGCUGCCUUUGAAUGCACGCAAGGACAACCAGACUGGAAAAUGGCGCUUUAGCUUUGACGAGGAUUCUAUUUAUCUGCAGUUGAAAGAUGGGUUCUCACCUGAUGCGGAGGUUAUAUAUGUUGGGUCCCUGAAGGUUGAAGUUGAGCCCAGCGAUCAGGAAGAAGUGGCACAGAUACUGCUGGAGGAUUUCAAGUGUGUGCCGACGUUUUUACCACCAGAUACUCAGAGAAAGUUUUAUCAUGGUUUUUGUAAGCAACAGCUCUGGCCUCUUUUUCACUACAUGCUUCCCAUAUGCCCAGAUCGGGGGGAUCGCUUUGACCGCCAGCUUUGGCAGGCCUAUGUGUCAGCAAAUAAGUUAUUUGCUGACAAGCUUAUGGAAGUUGUUAAUCCUGAUGAGGAUUAUGUUUGGAUCCAUGAUUAUCACCUCAUGAUCCUACCAACAUUUAUGAGGAAGCGGUUCAAUAGGGUGAAGCUUGGAUUUUUCCUCCACAGCCCUUUUCCUUCCUCAGAAAUAUAUCGAACCCUAACUGUCAGGGAACAAAUUUUGAAAGGAUUGCUGAACUGUGAUUUGAUUGGUUUUCAUACAUUUGAUUAUGCUCGUCAUUUUCUCUCAUGCUGUAGUAGAAUGCUGGGCUUGGACUAUGCAUCUAAACGAGGGCAUAUUGGGCUUGAUUACUUUGGUCGCACUGUCUACAUCAAAAUUUUGCCUGUUGGUAUUCAUCUGGGCAGACUUGAAUCUGUUUUAAAUCUUCCUUCUACUUUUGAUAAGGUGAAGGAGAUUCGAGAACGUUUCGAAGGGAAAAAAGUAAUUCUUGGUGUUGAUGAUAUGGACAUUUUCAAAGGCAUUAGUCUGAAACUACUAGCCUUUGAAGUGCUGCUGGAACAGCACCCACAAAUGCAUGGGAAAUUGGUACUAGUUCAGAUAGUUAAUCCUGCAAGGAGCUCUGGAAAGGAUGUUCAAGAAGCUAUGAGUGAGACUUACUCGACUGCCCGUCGGAUCAAUGAAGUUUAUGGUUCCCCUGAUUAUGAACCCGUUGUCUUGAUUGAUCGUCACGUUGCUCGUUAUGAGAAAAGUGCCUAUUAUGCCAUGGCUGAAUGCUGUAUAGUUAAUGCUGUGAGAGAUGGAAUGAACUUGGUUCCCUACAAGUAUGUAAUUUGCAGGCAAGGCUCCCCCUCAUUGGAUGAAGCAAUUGGUGGCGGAAAGGGAUCCCCUCGGACUAGCAUGCUUGUUGUGUCUGAGUUCAUAGGCUGUUCACCAUCUCUUAGUGGUGCAAUUAGGGUGAAUCCCUGGGAUAUUGAAGCCGUGGCUGAGGCUUUAAACACCGCAAUCUCGAUGCCGGACACAGAGAAACAGCUCCGACAUGAGAAACACUAUCGUUAUGUGAGCUCUCAUGAUGUUGCUUAUUGGGCUCGAAGCUUCUUGCAGGAUUUAGAGAGGGCAUGUCAGGACCAUUAUAGUAAGCGGUGCUGGGGAAUUGGCCUGGGCCUUGGUUUUAGAGUUAUUGCACUUUCUCCAAGUUUUAGAAAACUAAAGAUUGAUCACAUUGCUGCAUCUUAUAAGGAGACCAGUAGGCGAGCAAUAUUCUUAGACUAUGAUGGUACUGUUGUUCCUCAAUCCUCUAUGAUUGCAGCUCCAAAUCCUGAUGUUGUUGCAAUAAUAGAUGCUCUUAGUAGUGAUCCUAAGAAUACGGUCUUCAUUGUUAGUGGCCGUGGGAGGACCUCCUUAGGCGAAUGGCUUGCACCCUGUGAGAGUCUAGGGAUAGCUGCCGAACAUGGUUAUUUCCUACGGUGGAACAAAACUUCGGAGUGGGAAUCUUUGGCAUCUGAUCUGGACUGGAAAGCAAUUGUGGAACCAAUUAUGAGACAUUAUACAGAGGCAACUGAUGGUUCCUACAUAGAAAUGAAAGAGAGUGCACUAGUGUGGCAUCAUCAGGGAGCUGGUCCUGAUUUCGGCUCAUGCCAGGCCAAGGAGUUGUUGGAUCAUCUGGAAAAUGUCCUUGCUAAUGAACCCGUAGUUGUGAAGAGAGGCCAACAUAUUGUCGAAGUCAAGCCACAAGGAGUGACAAAGGGCUUAGUUGCUGAGAAGGUUCUCAACAUGAUGGUCAAUAAGGGCAAGCCACCAGACUUCGUUUUGUGCAUUGGAGAUGAUAGAUCUGAUGAAGAUAUGUUUGAGAGCAUAUUGAGCACAGUUUCAGGUUCAGCCCUCCCUUCAGCUCCUAAUAUCUUCGCUUGCACUGUUGGGCAAAAGCCAAGCAAAGCCAAAUAUUACCUAGAUGAUACGGUUGAUGUCUUGAGAUUGCUCAAAGGCCUAUCGACAGUUUCAUCUCCAAAACCUAGGAAUACUGCAGAAUUUCAGGUUGCUUUUGACAGUGAUAUCUGAUACCAAACAACAGUAGUUUCUUGUCCUUGUUGUGUGUGUGACUGGUGGUGAUGACUAGUUUCCUAGCGACAGAAACUGUCAUUUGGGCAAGAUUUCACCUAGAAUAGUUCUGUGAGAUUUUAUAUAGGUGCUGCCUUAGGUGGUCAUAUUGGCAGCAAUGAUUUGUACAGAAACUUGCCUUUCUUAUAUGAAAAACAUUUAGUUCAGUUCACUUCUGAUUGAUCGUUUUUUCAAUUCAUUUGAUUCACGACCAUCGCAAUCUACUGCAAAUGUUGUGAACUAUAUGGGGUGGUGCUGUGGCUGAGAGUUCUCCAUAGCCAUCAUCAGUCUCUUGUCUCCAGCUGAAUGAAAUUACGUGGGGGCCAAAUUGUGACGAGGAAGUUGAAAGAUAAGAAUUGAUCACGGGUUCCACCACAUGCUUCCUGAACAGCCCACAUUUCCAUAAUCGUAAUACAAGUCACAUCAGCAAAAGUG